GAGUCAAUAUAUACCUCGCACAAACACUGGCACAGUCUCAGUUGAGCGGGGUAAGCGCUGUCCGCUCAGCACCUCCACACAUCAGACCGACAGGCAGGCGCACUUGGGCACAUAACAGGAAGUCACAUUGGUCUCUCACGCACGGCUGUGUCACCCUCUCUUUCAGCUCAGAGUCAGAGACAAAGGUGACUGAUGGAACACUGACAGGGUCCUGGACCGCUGGAUUUCAGCUGACCCCAGUCUGAGAUCUCAGAAGCCAAAUCAGAGAGGCACAUCACAUCUCAGUUCAGCUAGAUCACUGUCAGUAUUAAAACCCAGAAAUCAGCUCACCUGAUCUCACCAUCCAGGCAAAUGCAUCAGCCCACUUGGUGCUGAUCUCUCUCGCCCCAGAGCUCACAGGAAUAAACUGUUCUCAGCCUCACGCUCACUGAAACCUCACCAGCCAUGUCUAAAGAGGAUCUUGCCUGCAAGUCCAGCUCUGUCUGCAAACACAAAGAACGCAAGCCCAAGAAGCCCCAUUACAUCCCGCGGCCCUGGGGGAAGCCCUACAACUACAAGUGCUUCCAGUGUCCCUUCACCUGCAUGGAGAAGUCUCACCUGUACAACCAUAUGAAGUACAGCCUGUGCAAGAACUCCCUGUCCUUACUGAUUGAGUCCGAUUGGCCGUACAAGAAAGGAAAUCUCCUGCAUCCUGAGCAGCUCCGCCCACUGCAGCAAGGGCCCCGCCUCCGAGGAGGGAACCGGGAUGAAGAAGAGCCCUUUUCAGGUCUUGAGGACCAAUCAAAAAAACAUAAGUCAAGGGUGACUUUUGCUGGGGAGGAUCUGGAAGAGGGAGAAGAACAUGCGGAUCGGGAUUCAGCUCAUGGAGAGGGAGCAGAAGAAAGCCAAACCACCAAAGAGAUGAGUGAUGAACCCAACAGCCCUGUCAGGGGUGGUGCAAAGAGAUGUAAGCAGCCAGAGACUGAUUUCCUGAUCACUGAUGUCUUCUCCCUGGAGGACCAUCUCCUCAAAGGUCGCUCAGUCGAGGUCGAGGCAAAGUUAAAGCACUACAAACUCUCCAAGACCUGCCUGACCAGUCCCAGGCUUCUCUCUGAGCAGUGGGGUCUAUUGGCCACCAGUCAAAGGAAGGCUAAAUCAGAAACCACACCCCCUAACACUGGCUCUAUACCCUGUUACCCUCCACCUCCAUCCUUCGCUGACUGCCAGGAUCCACCUGGAGUGAACCUCUCGGUCCUGGGGGUGAGCUACCCAUUGAGCCCAGGCCUCUUCUCCUAUGUCAACCCCACAGUCCCUGGUGCUGCCUCCACUCAUGCCCAACUCACCCAGCUCCCCUUCCUGGCUUCUGCAGCACAACUCAUGCACCCAGCCUCCAGCACGCUCCCACACACGGACAGGGCCCUCCUGCCUCCACGCUUCUAUUACCCUCUCCUCUGUGAACAUGCAUUCGCAUCAGCCCAGGCGGAUGCCAGCAAGGGAGUCAAACCUGCCCUGUCUCCUCCGGCUAACAUCGACCCCAAAUCCCCACCUAACUUCCCACCCAAGAUCAACCUUUGGAAGGUCCCUGCACUGCGUCCCAGUCCCAUGGCUCCCUCUGCUGCCUGGGCAUCUCAACACCAUGUUGCCAUGUCCCCAGAGGUCAGUUACAGAGCUGUGGAGAAAAAGCUUCAGGCCUUAGGCAAGGAGAGUAAAAAUAGCUGGAGUCUCAGACCUACCCCAGAUAUGCCCUCAGUUAGAGAACUGGCCUGCAAGAGGACAGGGGUCCCACUUGAGACCCUCGAGGGCCCAUCAGAAAAGAAGGCUCAGCUGGGGUAUACCCUCGAUGUCUUCAAGAGCAUCCAUACCCCCUCAUCUAUCUCUGGAGCCACCAAUAAGCUCCUCCACCAUAACAGUUUUCGGACUGUCCAGCAGCAGUCUAGGUCUGCGGAGGAGUGGCACUCAGACGUGAUGAAGAGUCCCCCAGAGAGUCUUGGGGGUGAGAUGCCACCUGCUCCAACAACAGGUAAAGUAACUGGAAGAGCUGGCUGCCAUGAAGAUGAGAGGAAGACACCGGUGGAGCAGGAUUCAGAGUCAGCAGCAGUGCUGCUUAAAGACCUCUCCAAGGCCCUGCAGGAGUACCAGGAUGCUGAGCACAAGAUCGCUCACCUGGUGAAGCAGGACACACCGGGGCAGCACCACCUCUGGGAGCACCUGUGCAAGAUCCGCAGUGAGCUCUCCCACAUACAUCAGGCCCUCGAGAAGACAGCCCGCCAGAAUGAAGGACCCCUGGAUUUGUCUGUCAAGAAGGAUCUGGGAAUGAUGGGAGAGGGAGGCAGUCAGUGCACAGGGGAAGCUACAAAGGGAGGUGUGAUUGGAGAGACAGAGGAGGAUGAAGAGGUGGAGGAGGAGGAGGAAGAGGAGGGAGAGGGAAUUGAGAAACAGGGGGAGACAGAGUCUUUGGAAAGCCGUAGACAGUCACUGGACAUCCUGAUCAAGAUGAACCGAGCAGGGCAGUGUGAGAACGGCCUGGGAGCCAUGGUGAAGGCUGAGGUGCUUUCCCCUGGUGCUCUGGGACUACGCCCCACUCCUCCAGAGGUACUGUGGCCGAGCCAGACCACUAAGUGCGAGGCUGACUCCAGCGUGCUUCUGUGCCCUGACGGACGUCCCUUGGUUUUCACUGACUUCACCCCCAGUGCCAAGACCCCAAAGAUGACUUCAUCCAGAGAGCGGCUCGGGGAGACACUGUGCCCCCCUAGCCCACUUAUUGCUACUGACUCCUAGAGCUCCCCAAUCUGACAAAAACUCAACAUUGGUGGCCAUGACUCGUGGCCACUGUCUUUCUUUUUAUUUUGUUGAAGGACUUCAGAGUCAAAGUCCAGCACCUUAGAUGUACAAACGUUGGAAAUCUAUGAGAAAAGAAGCAAGGACGUUUGUUGCACUAUAAACUGGUAGUCUUGUACAUAUGGUAAUCCUGGAAAGACUGACUUCUUUUUAUUUUGUCAAUGAAACUGAUGACAUUUCUAGAGCCUUGAGCCUUGCCAUGGACAAUUAAAUGUCUACUUUAAUGUUCCCCAAUGCUAAUGGCUUUGCAAACAGACAAUCAGUCAAGCUGAGUUGUAUAUAAUGUAAUUAGAAUUAAAUUACCGAAAAGCAGAGUUUUAUGAUUUCUAGUUUGAAAUUUUGUGGAUUUUAGAGAUUGCAUUGCAGAAUUAUUUCAUUGAACUGGCACAUGUAAAUAAAAUGUGAAGCACUUCAGAUUUAUGAAACAGUCAUUUGCGUUACAAUAAAUCAAGAGUUCAUCCAAGUCUAUUACUCCUAUCUGGUCAUGUUAUAGGAAAUAAAUCUCAGAUCAUUGAAACCUCAAAGGAGAUUAACAAAUGCGCUGUACAGACCAGAUGUUAAAUAUCUCAACUCCAAAAUCAAGCUCAGUUUGCACACACUGUGACAUCUCUAAU